GUGCGCAGUCAUCGGCAGCAAAGGCAGCCCUGUGCAGCUCAAUUGGAAGCUGAAGAAGCUGGCCGCGGCGCCGCCUGCAACUGGCGAGUGUAGCAGGGACUCUGUGCUGCUACCAGCAGAGCUGCCCAAGGCCUUCGACGAGCAGAGCCAGGUGCAUGUGCUCGACUACGACACGCCCAACGGCUCGGUUCGGUUGCGCAGUCGCGCCGUGGUGCUCACGGCGCCUAGCUACGUGACCGCGGAGCUUCUCCGACCGGUGUGCGCCCCAGCCGCCGAGACCUUGUCCGCGAUCCGGUACCCUCGCGUUGCGGCAGUGACAGUGGAGUAUCCCAGAAGUGCCUUCCGCGAGCCCGCGCACGGCAAGGGCAUUGUGAACGGCUUCGGCCAACUGCAUCCGCGAACGCAGGGCAUUCGAACCCUUGGAACCAUCUACUCCUCAUCACUCUUCCCAAACCGCAUGCCUGACGAUGACAAGAUCAUGCUGCUCCACUACAUAGGCGGCGCCCGCGAUCCUGAGCUGUUUGGCGGGAUCCAGGACGGCAAGUAUUGCCCGAGGUUGGAGAUCGGUCUAGGAGAGAACAGCCUGGCCUCCCAAGUCAUCACCGUUCUGACCUAUGUUGGUGGGGAAAAUGUCGUGAAGUGA